AGUAGUGGCUGUGUUCGUUUUUAAAGUUGGCUGCCACGUAUUUGGCAUUCUUGCCAUGUAUUUAUUUUAGGAGGCGUAUUUUAUAGAAAAGCUACAAUUAGAUUUUUGUCAUAUUUGAGAGAGUUACUUUACCUGACAAUGAAGUCUUUUUCUAUUUUCACGAUAUUGCCCUCAUUGUUAGUGUUUGUCACUGGGGGGAAACUGCCUGAGCCAGAGGUGAAAUUAGAAGUUUUACAUAAACCUUUAAUGUGUUACCGCAAGUCAAAAUAUGGAGAUAUGCUUCUUGUUCAUUACGAUGGAUUCGUGGAAAGUGAUGGCACCAUGUUUCAUUCCAGCCGGAAAGAAGGGGAUGGAAACGCAGUAUGGUUCACCCUUGGCAUCCGAGAGGUAAUCAAAGGCUGGGACAAAGGUCUGCAGAACAUGUGUACAGGAGAGCGCAGGAAGCUGACCAUCCCACCAUCUCUGGCAUAUGGCAAGGAAGGAAAAGGUAAGAUCCCUCCAGGCAGUACUCUGAUUUUUGACAUUGAGCUCAUGGAGAUCCGAAAUGGUCCGAGGUCACACGAGUCUUUUCGGGAGAUGGAUCUCAAUGAUGACUGGAAACUUUCUAGAACUGAGGUGAAAGAGUACCUUAAGAAGGAAUUUGAGAAACAUGGAUACUCGCCGAAUGACACGCACCAUGAAGUGAUGGUUGAGGACAUCUUCAAAAAUGAGGAUGAGGAUAAAGACGGUUUCAUAUCUGCGAGGGAAUUCACCUACCAACAUGACGAACUCUAAAGAACUAAGAAGAGUUAUACCUUGAAAUACUAACACUGUGCUUGUUUUAUGACUUCUCACAAAAGAGUCACAUUUGAUGAGGAACUGUGAAUUAGUUUAUGGGCUUUUUUUAAAGGGCUCAUUUUUUUUACACUUAGCAGUAUUGUCCCUUUUUUACUUUGAUAGUAUCAGCUCCAGUAUUUUGUCAUUUGACAACCUCCAUGAUAUAUUUAUUUUCAUUGCAUAUGCACUGAUAAUGUCACCACAUAUGUUUUUAGGACACAGUUUUUUUAAUAAACCUCACUUGAUACUAAA